AUGUCGACGGCCUUGCGCUCCAUCCGCCCUCGCGGACAGGUGCCCGAAGACGCGUCGGCGCCGGAAUCCGGCGCGGCCAAGAGCUCCAAGGGACGAGUGGCAUGCGGACAGUGCAGAAAACUGCGUCAAAAGUGUGACACACAACGGCCCUCCUGCAGCCGGUGCUUGUUGACGAAACAUGAAUGCGUCUACGAAGCCGACCUGGGCGAGACGCGUAUGCAGGGCAUCCGGAAGGUUAACCGACAAUUGAAGGGGGAGGUCGACACGCUCAAAUCCCUGAUCGAGCGCCUCAAGUCGGCGAGCGAUGAGGCCAGGGCGAGCAUCAUGGCGCAACUGACCGCCAAUGAGUCGCCCGAAGCCAUCCUCCAACGCCUGAGUACCGACCAAGGGGCGGCGCAGGAACGCACAGUCGAGACCUCUCGUGAGUCGGCCUCUGAGACGGGGCAAUCCCGGCAGACCACCACCACAGCCAGCAUCACCGCCUUCGUCAAGCCGGAGGAGGAUGACGAGCUUCCGCUCCCGCCCGGGAUAGUCCCCUGGCAGAUUGACAAGAUGCACUACCUCCUUAACGGUGUCGACAGCAUCGACAUCAACGACAAAUCAUCCGAUGCUCAAUCGUCCACACAUCCGGCAGACGCGCAAGCCCCCGGGUCAGAGGGAGGAGAAGAAGACCGUGAGCGGGAGAGCACGGAGCUCAUCUAUGCUCUCCUCCUCGCCGACCAGGCGGCGCGCCGCCGUUCGCAAUCUUCGUCUUCCGCUGGGCCACUGCCCCCCGGCGCUGUGGGGGCCUUCGGCAAUCUCCCGCUCUCGUGCGCCGUGCGGGCAAACUACUACCCGCCAGCGGUCCAGGCCCGGCAGCUGCUGAACCUGCGGGCCGAGGAGUACCGUCUGCCGUCAUUCAUAAACCCCGACGGGAGCCCGCUCUCGAGCCUGUUCUACACCUACCGAGACGCUGCCCUGGAAAUGCUCUCCAACGGCGUUCCGUCGUUCCAGGUCCUCGGGCCCUCGGACCGCAUCGACAUCGAGCUCUUCUUCCGAGACCGCGAGCCCCACGACGCCUACGACGUCCACUCGUGGGCCUGCGAGUUGAUGAAGAACAUCGAGGGAUAUGACGUGUUCGUCCAGCUCGCAAGCAUCGCCCUUUCCGCGACCUACAUGCGGUGGAACAUACUGCCCACCGCCUCCAACUACGCCCUCAUGCCCGAGAUGAUCCGUCCGACCCACCGGCAACGGUUCAUACCCCAUCGCAUGACCAUCGACCUCGUGCCACACCCUGCCAUCCGCAAUGCGCUGAUCAGCAGGUUCCGCGACUGGCUCUCUCCGGGUACGACGGACACAGGGGGCACCAGCGUCGGCUGGCCCUACAGCCUUGAAGCCGCCGUCGACGUGUGCCCCAUAACAGGACGCAGGAUGCUCAGCCGUGCCUUCGUCGAGCACGCUACCAACGGGUCCAACUGGAGUCUGGACAAGUCCAUCCGCGCCAUAUUUCCGGAGAUCGAAGCCAUGGGGUUCACGAUCAGAGACUGA